AUGUCUCCAUCUCAGGAAGGCCCAAUCCUCGUCGAGGCACCACCCUCACUUUCACUGAAGCCUCAAUCGCUAGAUCAUGAUCGAGCCAAAGUCAAAAAUGCCACUCAGCACGAGAACGAGUGGUACCGAUCCCAUUUCUCCUCGAACGGGUACGCUAUUCAGGAACAGCCGCUGCACACACAAUGGCCGAUGCGUGUGCUGAUUGUCCGAGCCCGAGCAGCCGGUCUCCAGAUCGCGUACAAAGCCUUGAAACAGCUCUCCAACGUGACUUUCACCAUUUAUGAGAAGAACGCAGAUGUUGGUGGCACUUGGUUGGAGAACAGAUAUCCUGGAUGUACGUGCGACAUCCCCAGCCACUCGUACCAAUUCAGCUUCUGGCGGAAACCCGAUUGGAAAAGCCACUACGCCGGCGCCGACGAGAUCAGGCAGUAUUUGAGGAGCUUUGCCUUGGAGAAUGAUCUGGAAAGACAUGUGAAUUUCGGACAUCGAGUCGAGGAGGCUCGUUCCUGGAAAUGUCGAGAUAUCCCCGGCGUUGAGCUAUUCCCGGGUAAGGUUAUGCACAGUGCAGCUUGGGACGAUGGUGUGGAGUUGGAGGUUCUGAAUAACACUCCUUCCCUUUCUCGCAUCAAGGCUAUGGCUGACCUUCAUCUAUUCCGCGCGGAUUCCGAAGAACAAAAGGCCGCCUUCGCAUCCGACGAAAAGGCCUUGGAUAAGUAUUGUCGCGACGUUGAAGGAGAGCUGAAUAAGGGCUUCACCUUGAUGCACCUCGAUAGCAUUGACCAGACCACGUCCAGGGAAUUCGCCGCCAAAACCAUGUUGCAAAAGCUUGGAGGCGAUCCGCGCCAGUCUUGUCAUUUGAUACCUAAAUAUGCGCUGGGAUGUCGCCGCAUGACACCUGGGACAGACUACCCGCAGUCACUCUCAAAGCCCAAUGUGGAUGUGGUAACAGACUCGGCCAUUGAAGUGACAGGGAAUGGUAUGCUUGACUCCUCUGGCAAGCACAUGGAGGUGGACAUCGUAAUCUUUGCAACUGGUUUAGACACCAGCUUCAGCCUUCCUUACACCGUCCUCGGGGAGAACAGUCGUAAUCUGCGUCAGAAAUGGGGCAGCUUCCCGAAAGGUUAUCUGAGCAUCAUAGCCGAAGGGUUUCCUAACAUGUUCCACUUCAUUGGACCUAACGGUCCCGCAUCCCACAGGUCUAUCCUUCCGAUCCUCGAGUGGCAUACGCGGUAUAUGUUCAAAGUUAUCUCGCACACGCAGCGGACAUCCAUCAAGUCUCUUGGACCCUCCUCGGCAGCUGUAAAAGAGCUUUAUGUUCACACACAUGAGCCUCUUAAGCGAACGGCUUGGUCAUCGGCAUGCCGAUCCUGGUUUAAGAAUGGCAAGCUCCAUGGCCCAGUGACGGCCAUCUGGCCGGGGAGCCGACUGCACUAUUUUGAGAUGCUGAGUGAGCUUCGAUAUGAAGACUUUGACAUCCUGUACCUGGGAAAUGGCAAUAGAUUUGCGCAUCUGGGCAACGGAUACACCGAAGCAGAACUUGAUGAGAAUAGUAAUGCUAUGUGGUAUUUCGACGUAUUGGAGAAGGAGCUCGAGCUGAAGACUAAGGCUUUUGAGCCGGUUGAGUUUUGA